AUGGGUUCCGAAGAGCAUCAAAAGCCCAAAAUCUUAUUGCUGGGCACUAUUGAGCAUGCCCACGCCGCCUGGUCCCGCAUCACCUCAAUCGCCGACAUCAUCCAACCCACCUCCACAGACCGCACCUCCUUCCUCUCCGAAUGCGCCUCGGGCGCCUUCUCCUCCUGCCUCCUCGCCUACCGGACCUUUGACUCCACCACCCUCACUGGGCCCCUGGACCACGAACUCAUCUCCGCCCUCCCCGACUCCAUCAAAUACAUCUGCCACGUCGGCGCCGGCUACGACGCCAUUUCCAUCCCCGCCUGCACCGCGCGCGGGAUCCGGGUGUCCAACACCCCCAGCGCUGUAGACGAGGCCACGGCCGAUUGUGCUUUAUUUCUUUUGUUGGGGGCCAUGCGGAAUUUCAAUGCGGGCAUGACGGCUCUUCGCCGGAAUGAAUGGCGAGGGGGCACCGAAGCCGAAGAAGAAGAAGAAAAAACGAUCAAGAUGCCACCGCUGGGAAGGGAUCCUAGGGGUAAGACACUGGGGAUCUUGGGCAUGGGAGGGAUUGGCAAGUGUUUGGCGCGCAAGGUGGCGGGGGCGUUUGGGAUGAAGGUACAAUACCUGAAUCGGAGGAGGGAUUGGGAGGGGGAGAGGGAGUUGAGGGAGCAAGGUUCUCCGAGGGUGGAGGUUGAGUGGGUUGAGACCAUGGAGGAACUUUUGGGGACGAGUGAUGUUUUGAGUUUGAAUUUGCCGCUUAAUGCCGAAACAAGACAUAUCAUUUCCAUCAAGGAAUUCGCCAUGAUGAAGCCGGGGAUAGUCAUCAUCAACACUGCUCGCGGAGCGGUGAUGGACGAGGCGGCGCUGGUGAAAGCGCUUGAGUCUGGACAGGUGCAAUCGGUUGGCUUGGACGUGUAUGAGAACGAACCGGAAAUUCACCCUGGCUUACUGGCGAAUCCAAACGUCAUGCUGGUGCCGCACAUGGGGACAUGGACGGUCGAAACGGAGACCAAGAUGGAGGAGUGGGCGAUUAGUAACGUACAGAUGGCGAUUGAGGAAGGGAAGUUGAGGAGUAUUGUGCCGGAGCAGAGGAACAUGCAAUGA